GGGAAGUUGUCCUUGGACUAGCCUAGCGCUGUAAGCAUGGCGGCGCCUAUACAGAACCACGUGUGGGUCGGUACCGAGACUGGAAUAUUAAAAGGUCAGAGGUCACGAUCACAAUACCGAUUAGUUGACAAUAUGAGGCUGGGCAUGGUGAUUGUAAUUUCGUAUAAAUAAGGUGCAUUUAUAUUGAGUAUGAAACGUAUGUAUUCUGUUGUGGGAAGGGAGGGUGUAUUCUAGAUAAUAAAUGUACUUUUUACUUGUGACCGUUUAUAUCAUUAAAGUGUUUAAGAUUUGCGUUCUAAGGAGAAAGGUGUAAUUACUGUUUAGACUCAUUUAACUAGUAGCCAUUACAUGCUAUACUGAUACAUGCACACGUGAAUCAGUGAAUAUCCUGUCUGGAUUUGUGUUUUAAUGCUGUUCGUUAUUAACUGUAUUCCUAAACAUGAUAAAAAAAAUCCUUUAAAAUACUAUGAGCUGUAGUGUAAAUAUAACUUUUUCAUGUGUAUUACUCAGGCAUAAACCUUGUGAAGAGACAAGCCGCCAAUUACACAGAUGUCUCAUCUCUCACCCCUGGACAAGAAGUAAAUGUUAUGUGCUGGGGGGAUCCUCAGGAAUCAGAGGUAAGUUAAAGCAGAACUGUAGCUUGUGCGAUUUUCUACAACAGAAUAACUAAGAAAACUUUUGGUUGUGAUGUUCCCAUUUUUAUAUUUGCAUGCCCAGUUGGGUACAUCAAAUUGAUAUAAUAGCUGUAUGCAUUAGCCAUGUGACCAUAAGGCACCACUGAAAGAAUCCCUGAGCGCACAUGCACUAAAAUGACAUUUGUGUAAAUGCUCCAAAGGCAUCAUGGGGCAAUGAAGUUGUCCACAAAGGAGAAGUGCAGAUGCGGUAAUUUAAAAAAUAAAAUCAAAAAUUUUUAAUGGUUACUCCAGCAUCAUAACCAGUGGACAUUGCCAUUUAUUGGCUGAGUCAGCUUACCUCUCUCAGCCAAUGAAUGACAUGCUGUGCAAAGCUUAGAGUUCUGGGUUGGCUGAUGACAGUAAGUGAUACUGGCAGACGUUUCACCUCCAUGACAACAGAAGGGUUAAGCUCAGUAUGUGCAGUGUUUCAAAGUUAAAUGUUACACAUAGACUAAAAGCACCGUGAACACCUCAAAUUACUGAAGUUACUUGGAGUAACUGCAUUUCUGCGGUGACUGAACAAGGAGUAUCACUUUAUAAGCUUCAUAAGAACAGACAGUUCUGUUUUAAAUGGGCAAUCUCAAUCCACUUUAGUGGUUAUGGUGCCAGGAAUUGAAUUGCAUUGGGUGCACGCAUUCAUACAAAUGUCAAAUUGUUGUCCCACCUUUCAAUAUUGGGGCAUUCAAUACCUUAUGUGUUUUCAAAGUGCUUGGCACUUACCUGGGUGCCUGCAACAUCUCUCUUCUUCUGAUAUUGCUUGUAUCAAAGUUUCUGCUUCCACUUUAAUUACAUAAAUUCUACCCCGUGAAGUGCUCAUUCAAUGAAUUUUGUACAAAUAGAGACUAAAUUAAUAUUUAUAUUGUGGAGGAAAAACUUCCAUUUUAGGCAUACUAGAGAAGACCAGAAGAAACAAAACAAUCAAAUUGUUUGGAAACAUUAGAUUAUUACCCAGGAACAUCUGGCAUCAUAACCACUACAGCAUGCUAUACUGGUGCCUAGAAUUUGUGUUUGCGUGUUAAGUUUUGAAGGAAAAAAAUGUUUGUGUACUUCUGGUUCUCGGUAGAAAUGUACCUAAUUUCUUGGUAAAUUGUAAGUAAAAUUUAGGAUGUGAUUUUUCUUUGCGGCUACAUUUAAAUCUGGAGCCAUCAGCAUAGAAAUCAGUUCUCCGCAUAGGUUACAGUAUCUUUCUCUUCCUUUUUUUUGUUUUCCCGUCCUGCUAAAUAGGUGCUGUAAUGAAUUUGUUGGAAUAAGGCUCAAAAGUAGACCGCUGAAAAAUAUUUAAUGAAUAGACUCAUCUGGCGUUCUCACUUAUCAUUAAAAUGUUGUGUUUUUGUUAUGUUCUCAGAAGUGCCCUGUAAAAGCCUAAUUCCUUAUCUUUCCAGAUCCUCCUUGGCUGCAAAGAUGGGACGGUGAAAGUCUACAGCGCAGAGAAAUCUAAAUUCACAGAAUUUCAUGAUUGCGGAGGAGGAGAGGGUGUGUUCCGUGGCCUUGGAAUCUUAGAUAAGUGAGUCAGAGCGUUACUGUCCAUUCAAAAGGGUGGCUAAACAUUAUGACAGUUGUAGUUCUAUAGGCUUAGUUCAACUAGAGUUUCCAAUAUUGGUUCCCUAGGUUUUUUUUUUUUGGGAACCCCUCUAGCCUAGUGCAAGGGUGGCCAAAGGGUAGAUCCCCAUCUGUUGUACAACUGGAGAUCUACUAUUUGCCCAUCCUUGCAGGUGUGUAGUUGCAAGCAGUGUUUGCAUUUGAAUGUAAGCAUGUUUUUGAAUAGAGUAUGUGUGUGCAUGUAAGGGUUUGUUUGUAUGUGCUGUUGCCACUGGAAUGCAUUUGUGUGUAGUGUUGGCUUUUAAAUAAAGUUGUUCAUGUUGUGUGUAGUAGGGGUGUUUGGAAAUAAUUUGGGCAUUUGAAUACAGGGGUGUGUUUUGUAAUGUUUGCAAUUUGAUUGGAGGAGUGUGUUUGUAGUGUUGGCUUUCCACAUUUGUGUUUAGUAUUGGUGAUUGAACGAAGUGGUUUGUUUAGAUAUAUGUUUGACAUUUGAUUGCAGGGCUGUGUUUUUAUAUGUACAUACCUACACAUAUAUAAAUACAUGCACACAUUAUAAUUCUUAUAUGUUCACCCUCCUGUUAACAUACUUUUGUGUGCAGUAGAGUGGCUUCACGUGGGACCUACUGAUGGCUCAGACCGAUUUGGAGCGUAGGGCUGGAGCAGCUCUCUCCUUCUUCUCAGUGUCCUUGGUUUCUUAUGGUUUUCUAUAUAAAUGCAUUGGAAGGCUAUUGCGCAUGCGCAGCAAAACGCCACACUGCACCAUUCAGCAUUUCCUUAUGAUGCUUUCAAUCAAUGCAACUCUGAGGAACGUUCAGUGUCUCCAUGCAAAGUGUGGAGAUGCUGAACGUCAGUGCUGCACAUUGUGCAGCAUUGACCUAAGAUGCACCUCUAGUGGCUGCCAUGGCAGAUGAAAUGUCAUAGUAAGUUUUGAGUUACCGUUCGCCAUGAUGGAUUUAACCCAGCCUUGUCAGUAAGCGAUUCUUUGCAGUUUAAUUAUGUUUCUCAUUUUCUGUUUUAGUGCCAUCAUAACAUGCGUGGAGUCAGGAUUACUCAAGGUGUGGCAACAGGGAUCCUCUGAGAAUGUGAGUAUUACUUGGGUUUGUGGUAGUAGUUUAGCUCUAUACUUGAAGGUUCUAAGGUUGAAAAUGCAUCAUACUAAACAUCAUCUGAUUUUUUUUUUUUAUAAAUUUUUUUUUAAAUAAGGCAUGGUAAUUGUAUUUAAAAAAAAAAAAAAAAAAUUGUGUGAAGGAUACCGAUCCAAACUGUUCUGGUUCUUUAGCAUUGAGGAUCUAUGUCUUGCCAGUGAUUUCAGUGCUGAGGUCACCUAAAUGUUUUUUUGUUUUUUUUGGUGUGGGUACAACAGUGGUCCAUAAGGACAAGUUUCUUUACAUACAGCAGUGAUGCUUAAUGGGACAAACCUAUAAGUUGAACAAUGAACUGUGCUUUCCCUGACCACUUAAAGAAGCACUCCACUGCCCACAUGGGAGAGAGGGGACUGGGGGGAGGAAAUCACCAUUUAGCAGAUAUACCCCCAAUGAAUAUAUGUAUGAAUUUCCAUACAUGUAUUCAUUGGGGUAUAUCUUAAGAGCUUGCCAAGGCUGCAGAUCUUAUGAACUGCAACCAUAGCAAGCCCUCCCCUUUUUUUUCCCUAAAGAGACUUGCAGUCUUUUUACAGGAAAAUAGCCAAUCAGAGGUUUCUAAUUGAGAAGCCUCUGAAUUUGUUCACACAUCUCGCACAUGCGUCUGGUCUGAGGUCUAGAGCUGAGGAUCUAGUGAGUGGGAAGGCGGGCAAAUAGAGCGUGCCUGCCACUUCCGUUGGCUCAGGGGAGCUAAUGGAAAGAGCCUGCAAACCUCCUUGGCUGUUUGACAGCUGGGAGGUGGGGGGGGGUGUUCCCUAGCAAAUUUAUAAAAGUGUGGAUUUCUCAUAGAAAUCAUCACUUUUAUAAACUAGGGUUAAACUAUGCAACUUACCCAUAGAGCUCUUCAGCAAGCUGAAGUGCUUUGGGGUGUGGAGUGGUCCUUUAAGUCAAGUCUAGCACAUCAAAUGUAGUGCAAGCGAGGGCUUAAAUCUGUUUCCUGAGACAUAAGCUUUUUGAAGCGUUACUAAGAAGUGUUUGACUUGAUUUGCUGUUAGGUGCAGAUUGUGCCAAGUAAAAGUGUUUGCAUUUUGCAUAUUGAUAUAAUACAAGAUUGGUAUUUAAAGCACCUAAAUUUUUUUUCUUGAGUGUCUGUGGCCUGGGACCAGUUAUGUCUCAUUGUGUAAAUUGAGAAUGGCACAAGGACAAAGACUUUGCCUAGGGUUUUUUAUGCUUGUGCACUAUUACAGUUUUAGAAUCAUGCAAGGUAGUAGAGUGAAAGGUCACGAGUCAUUAUUCUAGAAAGAAUAAUAAAUAGUGAAGCCGCUAUAAACCGGUGGGAAUUAAUGUAAUAAAUCGAAUCUGUUGUGGUGUUUGUUCUGGAUUUGUCAUUUACUGCACAACCCUAAUAGAUGUGUAUAUUUUAUUUAUUUUUUUUAGCUAGAGCUGCAGGUUGGGCCCGGAGUGAGGAAGAUGCGCCAGUGUGAUGCUGAUCGCAACAAAGUAGGAACAGGUGGAAAAGAAAAUGAUUUGAAAAUUUGGGACCUGCAAAGAACAGAGGAACCAAUCUUCAGAGCAAAGAAUGUGAGACUCCUGUGAUGUGCAGCACAAAAUUAGCAGUCAAUGAAUGAUGUUAAAUGUUGGCCAAAAUUGAUAUUGCUUUAGUGAAACGGUUGCCUCCUCAGAUGCUUGAGGGAUUGAAACGUCAAACAGUUAACAUGGUUUGACUUCUUACUAAUGGGUUGUAUGUAUUCCUAACCCUAUAGUGUUCUCCUCAACAUUUGGAUUCAGGGUCCUCCACUCUCAAAUGAAAUAACCGGAACUUACGCUUGUUCCAGUGUCAGGACUCACUUCGUACAGCUACCCCUGGUGAUAUCUUCCUGGGGAUUGGGGUGCACACCCAGAACAUGUAUUUCUCAGCAAUGGCGCUGCUGUCCAGGCAAAAAAUAUAUAUAAAAUACAGAUUAAGUUUUACAAGGCUAUUUAAAGUCGCCUAUCUUUGAAAACAUAUAUGGGACUUGAUUUACACUAUUUGACAUUGUGGUUGGCUUAACACAAUGUGGCUAAAGUACCCCAUUUACUAUGAUAAAGUACCCCAGUAUCAGUGGAUCCAACACUAAUUUAAACAUGAAAAAUCAUUGGAUUGGCUGAGCUUGUUAGAGGCAUAUCAGGGGCCGAGCCAGCACAAGCCAAACACAGCCCUGGCCUACUGUGCAGUACUGACCCAGGAAGCACCUCUAGUGUCCGUCUGAGUGACUACCACUGGAGGUAUUCCUAGUCUGUAAUGUAAACACUGCCUUUCUCUGAAAAGAAAAUGUUUACUGCAAAAAGCCUGAAGGGACUGACUAUUCCCUAUACUAUAUCUGUAGUUGUUCUAGCGAGUAAAGUCAGGCUUUUUGCAGUAAACAAAUACAAUACGCUAUAAUACAGCAACAUUAAAAAAAAAUGUGUGUGUGUGUAUGUAUGUGUAUAUAUAUAAAUAUAUAUAUGUAUGUAUGUAUAUGUGUAUAUAUAUAUAUAUAUAUAUAUAUAUAUAUAUAUAUAUAUCUCUAAAUAAAUGGUGGUGGUGCCGCCCCUGCUUAGCUGGAGUCCAGUAGGAUAUUUGUUUGUCAGUAAAUAAGGACUGCUUUGAGCAUGGUGGUCAAUAGAUGGCUAGAUCAUUGUAGUACACAUUGAAAUUUGACAUGUUUAUGGGUGAGCGUUGAAGGCUGGGUUUAUUGUGCUGUGAGGCUUCUUGAAACAAGCAAGUCUUAUGUUUUUUCUUCAAAGGUGAGGAAUGAUUGGUUGGACUUGCGAGUACCAGUCUGGAUUCGUGACCUAGAUUUCAUUCCAGGAACAGACAAUAUUGUCACUUGCACAAGUUACCAUCAAGUAAGUGUCACUUUUGUUUUCUCCUCUCUUAUCUAUAAGAUUUAUUUUGAUCCAUAACGUCUAAUGUUAACUGAUGCCUGUCUCUUUGUCAGGUUAGAAUCUAUGACCCCAGUUGCCCUCAGAGACGACCAGUUUUGGAGGCUCUAUAUGGUGAAGAUCCUCUAACUGCACUGAGUGUCACACCCGAUGGCAUGUAAGUUCAGAGGUGUGAUGGAUCCCUCACGUCCAUAACUUUAAGUAAUGCUAACUAAUACUUUUUUGUAUGUUCUCCAGCUAGUUACAACCUCUUUUAAACUGUGUAUGACUUAUGAGCUUGUAGUCCGCGGUUUCUCAAGGCGAAUCAUUUUUCACAUCGGGUUUUUCUAUUUAUCAUAUUUUCCUUUAUAGGUCUGUGGUGGUUGGAAAUUCUCAUGGUAACCUUGGAGUGAUCGAUCUGCGGAAAGGUAUAUACUGUGUUUAUUAAAAUAGUUUAUAUAGAAUGAACAUGAGAAUUGGACUCUGGGUAAUUUUUUUAAAUCUUGACUUCAGAUGUCACCUUCCAUGAGAUCACAUAAUGUAAACAAUACCAGUUUAAUUGCUGGAACUUGUUCGUACAUGAACAUGAUGUGGAAUACAAAUGGAAUGUUUUGUGAUAGACUUUGUAAAUGACAAAAUUCAAACAAACACUGAACAUACAGAUACCUAUCACCAUAAAAGCAGAAGUGGCUACGGAAGUCCGAGUUAAUCCUUUUACAUACUUAAUGGCAAUAUAAAACACAAUGGCUUCAGCAAUUUGAACAUCCAAAAGUUCCAAGAAAUCAAAUCUAGCCAUUCCAUUCACCAUCUGGUUUCCUUUACAUUAAACUUCCUCCACCUGAGUAUACAUGCAGACAAUGCACAGAUGCGUCCAGUAGUUUGAACAACAUUUGUUAGAGUAAUCAAGACCAGAGAUUAAAAAAAAAAAAAAAAAAUCUGUCUUCCACUAGAGGGCUCCACCACUAUCAAAAUGGAUAACAAAUGUUUUUAGCCUUAAACUGAUAAUUGAGGGAAUUUAGGAAGGGAGCUGCAAAUUAAGGCCAAAAUAACUUUGAAUUUUUUUUUUAUAAAUUGUCUGAUUUGCACUACAAUUUGCAAACCUUGUAUUGAUCCUCUAUAAUUCACUGUUGAAUGAAUAAACUGUAAAGUAUGGGUCCAGUAUGUCAUCUUUGAUAUUUUCUUCACGUACCAGUGUAAUUAUUGUAAUCUAUAUUAACAGAGAUUUACAAUUGGUGUGUUUUUUUUUCUUUUCUUUUUUUCUUCGUUUUGUUUUUUUGCUUCUCACAGGCAGUCUUCUGCGUGCUCUGAAGGGAUCUGCAGGCUCUAUUCGUUCUAUCCAGUGUCACAAAUCAAUGCCCCUUGUAGCCUCGUGUGGUUUAGACAGGUUCCUACGGGUACAUCACUUGAAUGACAAGGAACUUUUGCACAAGGUACAAAUCUGAGUAGCUGUCCCCCUAUGUAUCUGUAUGAAGGGUGGAUGAGUUUGUAAUCUAGCCAGGGAUCAUGUAGAUUUGAUGUCUCCUUUAGUGAUAGAUUAGAUCUACAGAUAUAGUGUUCACACAUCAGUAAUGUUUUUAAAUGGGAAAUAGAGGAAAAUUAUCGCAUAAUGGGGGCAUACAGAUACUUGGCCUGCAUAUAGAAAUGUUGCUUAUAAACUCUGUAACUUCUCCUGACUACCAGAUCAAUUAAUGAACUGGGUGUCUGCAAAUGCCUUUCAUGCUGUUUGGGUGCAUAGUCUGUUAGUCUGCUAAUGCAUGUACAAUGAGAGGUGUGUGAAUCAGGUUUUUUUUAUUAUUAUUAUUUAUUUAUUUAUUUAUUUAUUUUAAAUCUCAAUCAUUACAAGCAUUAUUUGUAUAUAUAUAUUAACCUUAACACUUAUAAUACAAAUACUAAAAAAACAAAUUUUGAUCUACUGAAAAAAUAUUAAGAUAACUAAAUUACGAAGGAUGAUGAGUUGUAUUAUAUUGGCACAUACGUAUAGUAGGGAUUUAGAUGGCAGUGUCCACAAUUUAGUUCGGCAUUGGGAUGUGCCUGGUACACUCCUUGUGCACGCUCACGUUUGACUGAGUUAAUGAGCUAUUUAAAAAAAAAAAUUCUCUGCUAUUCUUUAUUGAGCAUUAUAAAAAAAAAAAAGGUACAGUUUGUGAUUCUCAAAUAUAUUACAGUUGACAUGUAAUUUACCUGAAAUGCUUCAAAUUACAUUAGAGAAUAACAAAAGUAACUUAUGAAAAACCCUUUUGAAAGCCUUUCCCCAUAAUAUUUAUCAAUUUUCUUUUACUACAUCAGGUGUAUCUCAAGUCACGGUUAAAUUGUCUUCUCUUGACGUCACGUGAUAAAUGGGAGGUGAGUAGCAAGUUAAACUCUGGGUGGUGGGCAAUAGGCAAGUAGCCAUACAGUAGAAAGUGUCAUCUGACAAUUUGCUUAACCUUCAGGAAGAGGAACUGGUUGCAACUACUGAACAGGAAGUCAAAGAUGAGGAGGAUGAAGUCUGGGAUGCUAUGGAGACUGUGGUAGAGAAAACUCCAACUAAACUGCAACCAGUCACAAGUGAUUCUAACGUGGAGGGUAUAACUAAAGUCUCCACAUCCAAGAAGCAGAAAAAAAAGAGGAAAGUCAUCUGAUAUGAACAAAGUUCUUAUAACGUGUCUACAAGUAAAUGCCCAGCAUGGAAACUGUUGUGCUUUUCCCAAGUUGCUGAUGGACAUUGUUAGAGCAAACUGUCAUUAAUGCACUUUGCUCAUUUUAGAAUAAAAGAGAAAGAAAUAUCCUGACAGUGUCCACUUCCAAGUACUGUAAUUAAAGGAUGGCGAAUAUUGGCUCUUCUAAGCUGCUGGGAGACCAUCUUGUGAAGAAGAAACCUGUUGCAGAUACUUCUGCUUCCUCUAUAGGGACAGUGAACAAUAAUCUGACACAUAUGUCUUUCCUAUUUUUGACUGGAUCCCAAUUAUUUUAUACAAAGAACGAUAGAGGAUAAAAUAUAUAUUGUAAUAAAUUGUUCCAGUCAUUGGGUGCAGUGUUUUGUAUUGGCAUAUUCCUAAUGUUAAAGAAAUACAGAGCAGGAGUGCUCAUUGACUUUAGUGAUUUAUUUCAGAAAUGAAGCACGAUUACAGAAUAAAAAAUAAAAAAAAAGUUAUUUAA